UUUUUCACAGGAAGAACCGCGCCUUGCUUUUCUCUGUGAAGACAAAUGUGGCACCGCUGUCCCGCUCACCCCCUGUCGCCCUCACGGUCCCGGCACCCGUUCCCCCGGUUCCGGCCGCCCCACUGCACCCCAGGGCCGCUCCCGCCCUCUCGUUAGUCCGUGCUGCCCCGGCUACCGCGGUUCCAGCCGCGGUUUCACUUUCAUGGCGGUCCCGUCCCCGCUUCCGCCCUUACGAGCAGCGCCACCCUCGCCAGGAGCACAUUACGUCCGUAAUUGAGGCAACGAAUUCCAGUUCGCAGCCAUGGCCGCCAUUACGGGGCAGCUCCGGCUUUUCUCAAACCUCCCGGUUCAACUCCCCAACAUGACUCAGCGCCGGCGAUGGCAGAAGUCCAGUCUGCGUCCGCCGCUGCUGCGUCUUCGCCGUCUCUGCCGCUCUACCGAGAAUGUCUGUCUCGGCGGCAGAGCUCUUUGUGUUUGUGGACCUCGUACGGAGAGCAGCAUAAGAGGCAGGGCCACCAAGGCGGCUCCGGCCGCCGCCAGGCACUGGAAAACCACCCAGGUGCUCUUCCUCUUUGUGGUGCUCAUUUUUGGGGGCUGCUGCCCCAAAUCCUCUCUGUUUCUGGACAUCCAUGGACAUAUUUUGGAUUGCUCGUCUCACCAUCCUCAUCCUCCUCCACCAAACCAGCCUGUACGAGGCGAGCUGCGUAAUAGACGAGACCACCAAGGUGGCUGCAGCCGGUGCGAGCAACAUCACGGUGGUGAUCGGGGCCCCGGGCGAGUCCGUGACCUUCCACGUCAACACCACAGAUGAAAACGCAGUGCUCUGGUGUUUUGGGGAUAAAGUCAUCGUGAUUGUGGAUUCUAAUGGGACUUCUAUUGACGGUUUUCACGACAACAAAUACAAACCCCAUUGUUACGUGUCUGAGAAAGGCCACGCGCUCACGGUGGCCCCACUGAGGAUGGAGGAUGCCGGGAAGUACUUUGCAAAAAUCAACGGAAAAGCAUACAUCUUCACUCUCCACGUGUUCAGCAAACUGGCAGAGCUCACGUUGACCUGUGAGGCCCACAACUGCUCGCACGGGAGCUGCCACCACUACCUGCAGUGCUCCCUGUCUGGCACCAACCUGGUGAACAGCACCGACCUCGGGAAUGUCUCCUACAGCUGGAGGGCGGGGGAUCAGCUGUUGGCUGAGGGCCCCAUGCUGCUGGUGAAUAAAUCACUCUUGGAUAUGAGGCAGCCACUGACGUGCACGGCACGGAACGCCGUCAGCAGCAGGAGCGUCCCUGUCGCCAACCUCGUGAUGCUCUGUGCAGCAAUCACCACUCCCAGCACAGGUAAGCUGCCACCCCUGUCCAUGUCCAGCCGUGCUCCUGAGUACCUCAUCCACGGGUGA